GAACCCCACACUUAUUUGGAUGGCAAACUCCUGUUCACAUCUAAGAAGUGGGGCCGGGAGAUUAAUGACAUCACCACUUGGGUUGAGGCUUUCACCAUAUUCUCUUGGAUCUUUUGCACUGCACACUCUUUCAGGUGGCAAAUUGUCACACAAUACAAGCUGCUAAUUAUCAAGACUUCCCCAGGAAAGCCUGGCGUCACUAGGACAUUGCCUUUCAGAGGGAUGCAGGAGCAUGAGAUCUGAGAGAUUGGUCCAGCACGAAUCUGGAUUUUUACAAUUUUCGUACUCGCACUUCAUCCUUUCAGUCAGGUUCCUCCUCAAAGGGCUCGCACAGCCUUUUCAUUCCUCUGCCCUGUUGCCCAAUUUCUGUCGUUCAUGAAAUGAUGGUUCCCACCAAUGACCCUGUUAGUGACAUUUCGAGUUGCGUUACAUUAUGUACGUCCUGACAAUUAUCACGUGUUUUGGUCAUGUGACGAUGUUGUUGAACUCGGACUCUUGAAUGGAACCUGACUCGAGACUUGUCGAGAUUUGUCGAGAUAGUUUUGUUUUGUUUUGUUAAGAGCUUACAGUCUUGGAAUAGAAACAACAGACCCUUUGGUCUGUGCCGCUAUUGUCACUGUUGCGAGAAGUGUGAAGGCGACCACCUGCAUGUCAACUGUCCUUUACAGGCAUCCAGGUCACAUAUCCCACACACCUGCCCAGCAACCCCAACUCGAAAUAAGCACCAGAGGUGUUAACAUGGUGGCCAACCCUCGUAGUGGUACUUGUCAAAAGGACCUUGAAAAUAGUGUAAAUAUGUUAUGUUCUGAUUAAUCUGAAAACAGUUUGAUCACCAUUUCCGAUAACGCUUCUCUUUCUGUUCCUGAUUCACCUGCCAUGUGCCAGUUCACGUCAGCACAUACUGUGAAUACAUCACAUUCAGUUCAGGUCUCAAAUGAUUUGUUGCCAAUUUCGGUGAAUGCUGCCCUUUGAAUUGAAGAAUUACCUGCCAAGUGCCAGUUGAUGACAGCCCAUUGUCCUGUCUUCAAGUUGUCCUCCUUCCCUUGAUCUGUCCGUCAAGAACUGGUCCCUCCAUCCAGUGUCACUCCAAUCGAUGCCCACAAACGUCAGCAUUAGUUAUGCCUUCACCCCAAUCAAGCUGGUGGACUAUGUAAUUUCUGGUCUUAGCUUUGGUUUUCAUCUCGGUUUCAACCCAGAGCCGGCAUCCUCAAAAUAA